UAUAAGGAGCGAUCUUGGCUCCCGCAGCAGCUCACCCCCCGCAGGGCUCGGCUCUUUUGGCUCGCUCGCCGCUUCCUUAGCAGUGGGUCUGCUGGCAGGAGCAACAUCUGAACAGGUCAUGAAGCCUCAAGAGGCAGAGCUCGUCUCUGAAAUCUCAAAGUGGCUCUUUUGGACAUUCCACAUCGACUCUUAGCUUUGACUGAAAACGAAAAGGACCCAGUUAAUGUUUUUAAACACAAUUCAAUAUUUCUACAAAGAAUGACACUAAAGGGGCGUGCUGUGGUGGCGUAGGGGAUAGAGCGACCCACGCCUGGAGGCCCUCAGUCCUCAACGCGGCCGUCGCAGGCUCGAUUCCCGGACCCAGCAGACACUUGCCCCAUUUCCUGUCAGCCUACUGUCAUAUAAGAGACACUAGAGCCCACAAAAGAUCCCCUGGAGGGAAGAAAAAAAAAAAGACACUAAAAAGUUUUAGAUCUGUUUUUCCUUGUCAUUAGGUUGGAAUUGUAAUUAUUUUUUCUAUGUUCUAUAAACUCUCAAUAGAAAAAUGAAACACUGGUUCUUAAAAAAAAUGACAAGAAUUUUCUUAAAGAGGGUUGUUGUCUGAAAAAGUUUUCUUUUUUUUUGUCACCUUAUAAAAAAAAAAAAAAGAAAAGUCAUGUGGUGGUUACUGCUGCAACCAACCAUCAUGUCUCAACAUGGAGAUGCCGUGUUUAUACUGAUGUGGUAGUUUUUGUUUUGUUGCCUUUUUUUUUUUUUUUUUUUUACUUUGGUGUGAUGUAAAAAUAACCCAAAAAAACAUGCAUCUUUUUCUUUUCAGUCCAGUUUUAUUAACUAUUUUACAUUUUGUUUUUAUUUUUCGUAUUAAUCCUUUCAUGCAUAGUGGUCACUACAGUGGACUGCUAUCUAAAAGCUAUUCUCUUGUGCUUCUUGUGGAUUUUUGUGUUAUAAAUGCACACAGACCACUGAAGUGGACACUAAUACAUCAUAAAAUACAUUAUCCAACUACAGGUUAUCAGCUGCAAACGCAAGAAAUUAUUUUUGUUAAAUCCAAUAUGGCCGACAGACAAAAAAACCUGCCAACCGACCCGGUCCCUACUUCUUCUGUAGACGACUCUUGCAGGUAAAAAGAAAUAUUGUUACAUCAGAUAACCCCUAAAGAACAAAACUACUGAUGUAUUUUUCAAAUAACAACUUUGUAUAUGGAGAAAAUUACAACUGGUCACCUAAAAAAUUUAAUAAUAAUACAAAAUAAAUAAUAUAUAUAUAAAAAAAAAUUUUCCUACCUUUUUUUAUGCCUUAAGAAAAUAAAAAAAAAAUGGAAAAAAAUCCUGACGGUAAUAAUUCAUGCGUGAAAGGGUUAAAGUCUUAUAAAACACGUUGAAAGUUUAUGGUUGCAACAGGAAGUGUUUCAGAAAAGAUCAAGCCACUGUAGCAUCAUGUCGUUGUUCACGGUGUGCCUCCCUAGUUACAGUGCAUGGUCACAGAGCUGAAGACGGGCUUCACCAGCGCCCUGCUGGAGCUGGGUCAGAUCCAGCAUGGAGACUCGCACCUGAGGGAGGAGAUGGAGGAGAACAGGAGGAGCUGUCAGAAAAAAGCUUUCCGCCUGGAGGCGCUGGUCGAGUCGCUGAGGGAGGAACUUGGAGUGCUGAGGAGUCAAAUUGUGCAGCUGUACGGCAACAGACCCGGGCCGGAGCCGGACGGAAAGAGCCUCACGUCCAAACCAAGAGAAAGCGAUCCAGCAGAGCCAGCCGGAGACCAGGGGGUUUGCGAGUGUUGUGCUCCUCCACCGGCCCGCCUGUCCCGAGGGAAACUGCUCCUUCACUGCUUCCUGCAGGGUCUGAAGGCCGGGCUGAGCGAAGGAACAGAUGCUCGACAUCAGGUGGCCAUGCAGCUCCUGCACUCUGAGUGGGAAUACGUGUCGACCCUGAACCAGCUGUACGACAAGUACAAAACACCGCCAGCUCACCAGACGACCGUAGAGCCGUAUCAGACGUACGUGAGGUUCGUGGAGCAGCUCCUCCAGCGACAUGUGCUCUUCAGGAACACCCUGCAGGAGAGGUUAUCCGCCGAACACUGGAAAUCUCUGGUCGGCGACAUCCUGGUGCAGCUCAUCGGCCAAAACGACACGGCUUUUUCAGACAUGUAUCUCGGAUACACGACGACCUUGGCGUCGUUCCUCUCACUCGAGUUCAACCGGCUGAAUCAGGAAGGGAAAAGCCUCCGGACACAGAGCGGCCAGAUGGAGAGAGACGAAAUAAAACUGCUGUCUUUGCUGUUGGCUCCUGUUGCUAGGAUUCACAGCUACCUGAGUCACAUUCAGAACCUGCUCCAGUGGACCGGUAAGGAGCAUCCUGACUGCAGCCUGCUGUUGGGGUCUGAGAGAGCUCUGAGGAGCGUCUUGUCCCGCUGCCACGUGAUCUUGGAGGAGGAUGUUCGAUGGGAGGAAGACGAGGAAGCCGGGCAAAGCGCCCCCUGUGAUGCUGCAGCCGCUGCGUCCUCUGGAAGCUGCUGCACCAGGAGCCAGCAGAUAAGAGCGGAGUCCAGCUCUGCUGCUCAGAGAGACGUCCAGCCGGCUGCUCCCCUCACCAACGGGGUGGAUGGCGGUCACUCCAUGCGCCUGGAGUGCUGGUCCUGCAGCCCGGUGAGGAGGAAGAGCUUCCUGAGAGACCGGGCCGCCCUGCGGCGUCCCGUCUGCCCCUGCGGUCACGCGUGCUGCUCUCUGCUCGCUCCGGACGCCGCAGGAUGGGGAGAAAACAGCGACUCGGGUCAGGGCACCUUCAGCCAGCCCACGGUGAAAUCCACCAACGACCCGGAGACGACGCACGCAAACAGCGAGACGGACGACACCUCCGCCUUUGACUACUCCUCCGUAACCUCCUGCAGCCCGGAUGGCACCCUGCGGAGGGAGGUGAUGGACACCAACAGCGGGGAGGACGAGGAGGACGAGGAGGAGGAGGAGGACAGCCAGGUGCCCGUGCUGCUGAAGCCCUCAUUCAGCCAGGAGCAGCCGGCGCCGGCGGGGGAAACCAGAGGCAGAACUGUGUGUGUGAGGUGGCAGAUUCCCAGAUUCACCCCUCACCCUCCUGUCAGGAGCCCCGCAGGGCCGUAUGUGGACGGACCGACGCCUUGCCUCAUCAGCUCCUUUGGGAAGAGAUUGGUCAGCCUGAGGAAAGGGUCGCCUCCUCCACAUCUGAAAAGUGCCUUCAGGCCCAUCUGGGACGAUCCAUCCAAGCAGGCCGAUUCCGCUCCAGAGAGGGACAACAGACCUGCUGGGUUCAUUCCAGCUCCAGCGAGGAACAACUUCCAGGCUUUCGCUCCCAGCAGGGAAAACCUGAGGCCUGCGCUUGCUCAGCAGCGAGGGAGCUGUGGACCAGCCGUGGACGGGGGGGGCCUGUGGGACAGCGAGGACAGCGAGGGACCCUGCAGCACAGUUUAACUUUUUACCAAAAAAUAAAAAAUUGAAAAGCAAAA